UUGGGCAAAACGGAUUGCCAUAAGAGAUAUUGUUUCUGUCAGCUACAAAUAUGCAAAGAAAAAGAACAGCAUUCGUUGUGUGAUCCAUCCUGUUCGACGAUGCCUCAGAAUAUCGAAGAACAAUUAAGGGAAUACCGCCGCAAAAAGGAAGCGGAAAUUCAAAUGUCAAGCAAGGAAUCGAUGUGGGAAAGGUUUUUUCCGAGUAAGACGGCAAAUGUCUUCAGAUCUGAAAUUACAAAUAAAAAAGUCAUUCCAUGUUUUGAAAAUGCUGUGGAGAACAUCUCAGUAGCCAAAAUUUCAGAUGUAGUAGUUGUUGAUAAUGAAGGUUUAAGUAACAGUUCUACUCCAGGAAAAACAAUACUUCACAGGCCUGGUUUUAGCGAAAAAUCACAGUCACAAGAAGCACUACAACAAGAACAGUCUGGUCGAAAAACAAAAGCUGGACGGCGGAAUCUAAGUGUUCAACAAGUGGCAGCAGACAACCAAAAUGGGCAGUUUAAAUAUGUUCUCCUUUGUUUGAAAAUCAUACUUUGGAUGGUGCUUUAUUUACUUUGCCUUGAACUGGAAUUUGGUGCUUUGUAUGUAAUUUUAUCAGCCUUCUACCUAAUUUUUACUAAUUUCAGAACUGGGCAAAGAAAACCAUGGGAACCAAGUGCAUAUUCUGUAUUUAAUCCUGGUUGUGAGGCUAUUGAUGGCUCCCUAAAACCAGAACAAUUUGAGAAAGAAAUACGAUAUGGUUUUUAAGCACAUUUUUUGCUGUUAAAUAACGGUGGUUUAAAUCUUUGGGUGUUCUCUGGUCGAACCAUAAAAAAGGAUGAAUAGGAAAAAAAAAAAACAGAUGGAAGGAACAGAUGAAAAAGGGAUGCACGAAAGUCAUCUGUUUGCUACCUGUUAAUUUGUAAUCGUAAACCAUUCUGUAUCUGUUUUUUACUCUUAUGAUCUUGCUAUUACAUAUUUGAUAAAUUUCAAUUCGUUCAUGCAUUCAAACGUGUGAGAGAGAUAGAUACGAAUGCUGUAUCCUACAUAGUAAUUUUUAAUAAUAAACAGUACAUGAUGAUGACGA